GGCCCGGUCCGCGGGGGUCAGGCUGGAAACCAACGUUCCAGGGGAGAGAAGAAGGGGAUAAACCGUGCCGGGGGCAGCCAGCGGGACUCGGCGCUGGCGGCGUGGCCGCGGCCGGGCCCGUACUCCGCCUCUCGGCAGUCACCGCCCGGGGCCGGACUGCAGCGGGCCGGCCGCCUCCCCCGCCCCGCCGGCGGAGCGAACCACUGCGGCUCGCCGAGGAGGUUAAAUCAGCCCUUGUUCUUGAGAGUCCUCAGUCGUGCUGCUGUGUCAAAAUUGAUCUUGUGCUUUAAGAUAUUUGCCUCCAGAUGUGUCAGGUAUGGUCCUGCUGAAGGGCAGUGGCCCCUGAGGAAAAACACUCCUCAAGCAGAAUCUCUGCUUUGGCAAACUGCUGAAAGCGGUACUGCAGAAACUAUGCAAGCAGGUUUCACGCUCCUGAAGUAAACAUGAUGAAAACAGAGUCUUCAGGAGAAAGAUCCACCCUCCGAAGUGCCUCUCCUCACAGAAAUGCUUACAGAACUGAGUUCCAGGCACUGAAAAGCACCUUUGACAAACCGAAAGAUGGAGACCAAAAAGCGAAAGAGGAAGGAGAGGCCUCACAGAGCAGGGGAAGGAAAUAUGGCUCAAAUGUCAAUAGGAUCAAGAACUUAUUUAUGCAGAUGGGCAUGGAGCCCACUGAAAGUGCUGGAGUUGCCCCUAAAACCCGGGGAAAGGGUGGCCCUCCAUCACCUCAAAGACGAAUUAGGCCCAAAGAAUUUGUAGAAAAAGCAGAUGGUUCAAUUGUAAAGUUGGAAUCGUCCGUGUCUGAAAGGAUAAGUAGAUUUGACACUAUCCAUGAUGGUCCUUCCUAUUCCAAGUUUACUGAAACUCGCAAGAUGUUUGAGCGAAAUGCUCAUGAAACAGGACAUUCAAAUCGCUAUUCCCCAAAGAAAGAGAAAAUAAUUUCCAGUGAGCUUCCAGAUGAAUGGUACAGCUCUAAGUCUCACAGAGGCAGCACUGAUUCACUGGACAGUCUUAGCCCAAGGACAGAGACUGUCUCUCCAACUGUGAGUCAGCUCAGCGCAGUGUUUGAAAACACUGAUUCACACAACGUAAACGUAGAAAAGUCGGAAAACAACGAAGAGUACUCUGUAACCGGUCACUAUCCACUAAACCUCUCAUCUACUGUCACAAAUAUCUCCUCCCCAGCUGCAAACCUUGAGGGUUUCAGUCCUUUGAAAGAGGCCAGCACGUGGUCUCCCCCAGCCAAACAGAGUACAGGCGUGAUGUCUGUUGAGAACUCUCAGCAGACUAACACUCCUUCAACACCGAGACAGAAAGUGUCCACAGGCACUUUGGCAGGUUCAAAAACAACUGAAGAAAUAAAAAAGAGCACAGAGGCAAGUGCUGGUUCUGUUGAGAGUUCUGCAACAGGUCAGCAGGAUUUGGUUGGUGUGCUUGACAGCGAAAGAUCUGUGGACAGCUGUGCUAGGAGUAAGUCAAAAGCAGAGACAGGAGUUUUGGUCCAACAGAAGGAACAGUCAGAACAUACAGAAGGUAUCUUUGAUCGGCCUGAAGCUGCAGAGUUAACAAGAAAUGUAGCUUCAGGUGGUGAUUUUGCCACAGAUGCUACUGAGUCACAUUAUGAUGAGGACAGUGAAAAAGAUGGGCAUGAAGAUGUGAAUAAUUUUCAGAGUUCCCAUGUGUACAUGCAUUCUGACUACAAUGUGUAUCGGGUACGAUCCAGGUACAAUUCUGACUGGGGAGAGACGGGUACAGAACAGGAUGAUCUGGAUGACAGUGAUGAAAAUAACUGUUAUGAACCUGAUAUGGAAUAUUCUGAAAUUAAUGGAUUGCCAGAUGAAGAUGAAAUCCCAGCCAACAGAAAAAUACAGUUUAGCCGGGCUCCAAUUAAGGUUUUCAAUACAUACUCUAAUGAAGACUAUGACAGGAGAAAUGAUGAAGUUGACCCAGUGGCUGCAUCAGCUGAAUAUGAACUUGAGAAGCGUGUGGAAAAGUUGGAGCUCUUCCCAGUUGAACUAGAAAAAGAUGAAGAUGGACUUGGCAUAAGCAUUAUUGGAAUGGGAGUUGGAGCUGAUGCAGGCCUUGAAAAACUGGGAAUAUUUGUCAAAACAGUAACAGAGGGUGGGACAGCAGAAAGAGAUGGCAGGAUCCAAGUGAAUGACCAAAUUGUGGAAGUUGAUGGCAUCAGUCUGGUUGGUGUUACACAAAAUUUUGCUGCAACUGUUCUUAGAAACACCAAAGAGAAAGUCAGGUUUGUAAUUGGACGAGAAAAACCGGGACAAGUGAGUGAGGUUGCGCAGCUGAUUAGCCAAACUCUAGAACAAGAGCGCCGCCAGAGAGAGCUGCUGGAGCAGCAUUAUGCACAGUAUGAUGCAGAUGAUGAUGAGUUGCAAAUCAAACAUGCAGUUACAGAAGCUGAAAUUCAGAAGCUGAAGACAAAGCUGCAGGCUGCUGAGAAUGAGAAGGUGAGGUGGGAAUUGGAGAAGACCCAACUCCAGCAGAACAUUGAGGAGAAUAAGGAAAGGAUGAUGAAAUUAGAGAGUUAUUGGAUUGAGGCACAAACCCUGUGUCACACAGUGAAUGAGCACCUCAAGGAGACGCAAAGCCAGUAUCAGGCUCUGGAGAAGAAAUAUAACAAGGCAAAGAAAUUAAUCAAGGAUUUUCAGCAAAAAGAACUUGACUUCAUCAAACGCCAGGAAGCUGAACGAAAGAAAAUAGAAGAUUUGGAGAAAGCACACCUUGUAGAGGUUCAAGGCUUACAGGCUCGUAUACAAGACUUGGAAGCAGAAGUUUUCAGGCUAAUGAAGCAAAAUGGAAGCCAGGUUAACAAUAACAACAACAUUUUUGAAAGGCAGACAUCUUUUGGAGAAGUUUCUAGAGGAGAUCCAGUGGAAAAUCUAGAUACUAAGCAAGUGACCUGCCUGGAUGGCUUAAGUCAAGAUUUCAAUGAAGCAGUUCCAGAAACAGAGAGACUGGACUCCAAGGCACUGAAGACUCGAGCUCAGCUCUCGGUGAAGAACAAGCGGCAGAGGCCGUCCAGAACGCGGCUCUAUGACAGCAUCAGUUCAACUGAUGGGGAGGACAGCCUGGAGCGAAAGCCAUCACACAGUUACAGUAGUCCCAUGCACAUUUCAAAAUCACCACUGCCUUUAUGCAUGAGAGCAUCCUCACCAGCAUCAGAUUCUGGUGCUUCCUCCCUCUCCCCCGUGGCUAGCAGUGCAGCAAUCUCACUUGACAACCUAACUGAAAACCAAGAAGAAGAACAGCACCACAAAGGAGGUGUCCUUUCCCCAUAUGCUCGGGGAGACACUCCACUUUCCUCUCCUUCAAAAUCUGGGCACAGCUCUGAAGCAUCUCCUUUGCAUCACCCAGCUGGCAGGAAUAUUUUACAGGAUAAAGAUGGUGCCACAAGUGCUCAGGCAGCAAGAACAGCUAGCCCUACUAUAGGGCAUACAGAAAAACUAAAGAGAAAACUUGCAGAUCUUGGGGCUCCCUUGAGAAGGAGUUCAAGCAAGGGCAAGAAGCGGAAGGAGAAAGAAGCUGUUAGGGUGGCCUGUGGCAGUAGGGCUGUCAGAGAGAUGCUGCAGAAACCAGCAAACAGUAAAUCUUUAGCAGAGCGAUCCUCCUCUCUCCCACACUGUGUACCACUCACAUGGUAUGGAGAGAGCGGCAAGGGAUCCAACUCUUCCAGCAACCUGCCGUCGCCUACCAGCUCAACCGAACCUUCCUCUGAAAAUUUAAGCCCAGCUAAAAAAGGGUCAAAGAAUUUCACAUUCAAUGAUGAUUUCAGUCCCAGCAGCACAAGUUCAGCUGAUUUGAGUGGUUUAGGAGCAGAACCUAAAACACCAGGCUUCUCACACUCCUUAGCACUGUCAUCAGAUGAGAGCCUGGAUAUGAUUGAUGAUGAGAUCCUUGACGAUGGACAGUCUCCGAAGCACAGCCAGUGUCAGAGCCGUGCUGUUCACGAGUGGAGUGUGCAGCAGGUUUCCCACUGGUUGAUGAGCCUGAACCUUGAACAGUAUGUUUCUGAAUUCAGUGCCCAGAACAUUAAUGGGGAGCAUCUCCUUCAGCUGGAUGGCAGUAAGCUCAAGGCUCUUGGUAUGACAUCUUCCCAGGACAGAGCAAUUAUUAAAAGAAAGCUAAAGGAAAUGAAAGCAUCCUUGGAGAAGGCUCGCAAAGCUCAAGAGAAAAUGGAAAAGCAAAGGGAGAAGCUUCGAAAGAAGGAACAAGAGCAGCUGCAGAGGAGAUCAAAGAAAAUAGACAAGUGUUCAUCAGAUGCAACAGAGGGCACUAAUGAGCAGUGAUAAGCAGGAGUGCUGCUGUGUUUGGCAAGUGGAGGCAUGUCAAGGAAAGAGAAACUCUCAUCCACUCUGACGCCCCUUCAGCUUUCUUGUGUUCAUCACCCAGGAUUGUGUACAGACAGAUGGGGCUGUACAUAGAAUGACUAGGGAAAUUUAUAUUGUGUUGUUUUCUUUCCUGCAUAUCCCGUUCACGCUCGUUGCUGUUGCCAUGUGAAACAAUCCCGGCCCCUCAGUUUGUUCUGUUCUUGUUGACAGCUAACAGAUUUCAUUUUUGUGGUGGUGUUUCCUUCCAAACUACUCUUCUCUGUUGAGCUCUGUGUGUUUGGUCACUUCAGUAACCAGCAUGAUGCCAAGGAGCAUGUCCACUGCUUCACCUCUUCUGAAUAGGAUGGCCAGUCAGUAUGGUUGGGGAACAUUUCUUCAGCUGGAUAAAAAGAGUUGUGCUCUGUCUGAUAAGAUUUGACUUGACUUUCUGACUGGAAGUUCAUCUUCUUUACGGUGUUUGGAUACUCAGUUCAGUCUGCUGGAGUAAGUUUCAUCUUGCAUCAGAACCUUUAAGCAACAUUUCUCUGAAAACUGUUCAGCGACUUCUUAUACACUGGAGAUACAGACAGGAGAGUCAAUAUUCCCCCUGGGUAAAGGACAGGAGUUGAAACUCUUUCUGUUAACUGUACAAUAAUUAAUCCAGGAAGGAGGCAAAGCCUUAAAUGGUUAUGUGGGUUUACAUAGAAAUCUGAGGAUAACAUUUAUCCUUUAGAUAUCUGAGCAAGGAUUAAUUUCUAACUAGAGCACAGCGUAUAAAUCUGUAUAAAUUUUAUUGUGCUCCCAGUGUGUAGGCAACUUUCUUAUAGCACACUCCACUUUUUUUUUUCAUGUGUUUCAUACAGGAAACUGGGUUUAUUUUGUUUCAAGUUAGUUUUUCCCCAGGAAAAACCCCACAUCUUCAAAUUGAUUCUCCAGUCAGUAAGCAUUGGGAGAAUAAGCUUUGUGCUGUGCUAUUAUGAAGCUGGUAUUGGAAACAAUUAUCAAACUUGAGUCUGGUGUAGAUUUUCAGUUUUUACAGAAGUGCACUUUAAGAAGAGGAAGAUGAGGGAUCCUGGUUAAAAUGAAAUUCAGUACAUUGCUGUUAAGGUCAAUGCUGCCAUGGAGGUGAUGGUUACAUAAUCCAAAGCUCUCCCAUUUUAACUGUUUUGAUUGAUAUGUUUAAAGAAUAUCUAACCAAAAGCUGAAUUUUUGGUCUUUGGUUGUAGAAUGUUUUGAUGGCUUAGCAGUGGUCAUACUUGAGGGAUUUCUGGGGUGUGUGAGGCCAUGGAUGAAGCCUGCUGUGUAGUUUUGACUAUGACAGAAGCAGGGUAUGGUGUUACUGCCCCAACAGCAGUACUGAACUGCACAGUAUUGCCUCAAAAGAAGGGACAGACAACGGGCAGGUCUCCACAGUGAGGAGCAGCGGGCAGGAGCUGACUGCUCUGCAGUCAAAGCUCACUGUGUACGGUUGAGAAACGUCACUGCCCACUCGUGCAGCCUGCAAGUGGCAGUCUUCAUCUGGCUCUGCAAACCCAGGGAUUCUUUAAGAUGGUGAUGCAAAUUCGAAUAUUGAACCUAAAAAUGCGCCAGCCUAGAACUGAAAAUUCCUCUGAAGAAAAUGUGUGUUUUAGUUUGGCUUGGCUUCUCUUCUGCUCUGUACUUUAUGGCAUUCAGAUUUGAGUCUGCAAAGUUCUCUGAAGCUCAGAUUUGGAACACUUAGGGUGCGCUGUUAAUAGUUACAUUUCUCUUGAUCCUAGUAAUUUCUUUGACAUGUAAAAUGGUCUGUAAACUGAGAGAGCCUAGUUCAUUCAAAAUUAAUACGCAACAGAUCUACUUAGCGUUAGCUUUAUUUUUCCUUCCAAAUCCAAUUUCUACAAGUUUUUGAUGUAUAUUUUAUUCAGAUCUAAAAUUGAAAUUGUCAUAAAAGAUACUUGCUGAUAUUUCUAAAGGCUUGUGCUACUUUUCUUGAGAUAAACCACCAGCAGCAAAAUACACCUGCUGACAAAAAAUUACACAUUGCAGUAAAUCCUUCUGUGUUCAUUCAUAGGAGAAAACUUUUACAAAUGUUUAACAGCCUCAUAAAAUUAGCAUUCUUAGAGUAAAAGAAGUUACCUGGAAGAAACUGGAAGUUUAAUAUUUUAAAUACAAUGUUGAUAAAUGCAUUAGAUGACAAUUUUCUUUUUAAAUUAUGUUUACAUUGUAGUAAUGUUUAAGUGGUUGUAUAUAAUAAUCUAAGGUGGUGUCUCUGUCUUAUGUUCUUUUUAUUUAGAAACCAGAGCAGACUGCUUGGCAUUAUAUAUUGAGUUUUCAUUCUUGCUCCUUAAAACGGUGCCUAGUUAAUCUCUUUGUAAAUCAUGUUCUUACUCUGCAGAAUAACUAAUUCAACUUAAGUCCUUUAAGUAUUCAGGGGAUUUUUACUGCUUUGUGAUAAUGUUAUUUUGUUAUUCUCAGACUGAAAACAUCAACAAAAACCUAACUUAAAAAAUCCUAGUGGGUUACAUUUAAAUUAAAACCAUUAAAAUGCAUUUUGAUCAAUGUGUGAAAACUAAGGAAACAGAGCAAUGACAAGAGUUUUGCUAUUCUUUCUGUGAUAAAAGAUUUAUGUGGUUCCUUUUAAGAAAUAUGGCAACUCAGUCUUGAAGUGCAGAAAUGUUACCGGAUAACAGGCCUGAAGCACAGUUUGAAACUUUUCUUGCUAUUCUGUAGGACCUUUAAAGUUGUGUUGCAAUUUUUUUCCCCUGGUAUUGUAUUAUGACUUACAAGAAACAAAAGAUGGAUGUCUCAUCAUUCUUAAUUUAAACUUCCUGUAAACCAAUGCUAAGUCAGACUAGUGGGGGGCUUAAUGUAACAGGAAGAAACAAAUUUUCUGUGCUGGGUGGCUGGACAGCCUUUUUCAUGGUUUGGCUCACCUGCAGACACAAUGUCGCCUACAUUGUGUAUUUAUUUGUGGAGCUAAAGCUGUUUUUUAUUGGGCUGACUUUCCUGGCCACCUCUGAACUGCUCUGCAGGCAGUGUGGUGCUUCCACACCUCAAGACAUGUGCUUGUGUCAUCGUUACACCUGGUGACUGCAGCAGGCUGGCCCAAGUUAUUUUUUCCCUGGUUAGGGUGGUAGGCCAGUUCUGUAAACUCUAGUUCUGCUCAUUGCUGCAGUAUUGCAAGUUGUGAAUAUAUAGAGCCUCUAAAAAGGUGAAGAACUGAGAACUAGGAAAAAGUGGAAGUCUCAAAAAUAGAAAAUGAAAUGUACAACACUGCAGGUUACUUUAGUCCUGAAAACCCUAGUGCUUAUUCUGAGAUUGUGAGGAGAGCAGUGGCUCCUUGUUCUGUUCAAAUCAGCCAAACAUACUGACAUUUUUUGCUUCCAGCUUGUAUCUUCCCAAUUCUUCACGGUGGGUUGCUGCACUCGUGCAGCGUCCUGUUAAAGCUCCCUGCUGUGCCCAAAGAGACCAGGGCCAGGGGGUGAGGAAGGAGCUGCAGCCCUUCACUGCAAUGCGCAGAGCUGCCCGCCGCCUGCAUUUCACCCACCGCCCCAAGCAGGUCCUGGUGGGGGUUGCUGGGAGUGGAGCCUGUUGAAGAUCAUGGGUUAGAAUUGCACAGUGGAACAGAAGCCAGUAAUAAAAAGAUGUUUUGCGUUAGAUGUUUGCAUUGCAGUGUAUACAAAUACUUUUGUAUUUUUUCAACUUCUCAAAAUUUUUUUGCAAUGGCAUCUCUUUUGCUAUGACUGCAGUCUGCUGCAGGGAUACCACAAGAAUUGAGUUUUUACCAGAACUACUGAGCAGCUUUCCUCUAAUACUUGCCAGCCCUUAGCAGUUAUUGACAUUCAGAGGUGCUUGGCACCUGAUAUCAGGGUUCCUCAUACUUUAUUGCUUCCAUCAAAGCCUCCUGUCCUCCUGAGCUGCUACACCUUCACCUCCUGGCUCAUGGACUGGUAAGAGGUGGGCAGUGUCAUUUUUGAGAAUUAAUUGUGUUCCACUUCCAAGAGAAAGAAGAGAAGGAAAUGCCACUCUUGGAUGUAGUGCAGAAUACUGUUCUACAGCAGUAUGGAAGAGGAUCAUCAUGUAGUUGGGGGUCAGUGUUCUAGCAAGGAAACAUGGGGUUUUUGUGUUUUUAACCCCAACUUUGAUUUUUAUUGGAGCACUUUCAGCAGUUUGUUUCUGAGCAGGGUGACAGAUGAAAUCCAAGGAGACUUGCCCACUCACUGGAGUGGAGCGUGGGUCAUCUGCAGAUGGCACAGUCCCUUUUGUCAACCUCCCUGUGGAUUUUACUGGACUUUUUUUCUGUACCUGUGAAACUGCUUUUUCAAAGCUAUAGUACCUUAGUCAUGACACUGAGCCCUCCGAACCCUCAAUAUAAAAUGAGGUUUCUGUUACUAACCAGCUGUACCAACUGGUACUUUCGCUUUUAGCAUUAAGUAAUGAUUCAAAAAACGCACAUCUUACAGAAAGGUUUGGUGGUAGUGCCUUGGGCUGCCUGUUUCUUUAGGAAGUGUGGAUUGUGUUAAGAACAAGCUGUUGGUCAAACCUGCUGAGUUAGGCAGGUCUCCUCUUCCAGAGAGGUGAGGAGGGCUCACAGCGCACGAGGUCAGAUCCAGCCCCGGAGCCCGGGGCUCCUGCUGGGUUUCCAGCGGGACCUUUGCCACUGCCACCAGUGGAAGUGGAUUUGGGACCUGUGCAGAAGUGUCUCAAGGAAAGGGGGAUCUCAGGGCACCAGACAUAGGAGUAACCAGCCCAUUUGGAAGUGAAGAGUGCGCAGUGAACAUCUUCUGACUCUGUACUUUUCCAUACACAUUCAAUCAACAACUGCUUUCAUAUUUCCCAGUCAUGUUGCAAAGGUAUCUCACUGGUCACUUAAAAGUGUACACAUGUUGCUAGAAGACCAGGCAGCUAAAAGACUAAAAUGCACUGUGCUUACUGUAAAAAUUGGCUUCUUACAUUGCUUCUUUUUAUAUGGUUAAAGAGAUAGUUGUGCUUCAGAUUUUUUCCUUUUCCUGUUCUUUUUUUAAAGAGGUCAAGUGUAUAUGAAAUGCAUGUUAUCCUGAACUUUUUGUUUGUACAUCUUGGUGUCUGCUCACCUGCAUGAAGGACACAGUAGUGCCAUGUCUGAGCUUGUUCUCUUGUGCUUGGUUGCUAUGAACUUCUCUAGAUUGUUGAGUUUUCCCCAGGAUAACUUUGUUUGAUAUUUAGUUAUUGGGAGACAUCAAAAGAAAACAUCAUGGUGGCCCUUUGUUUUCUUACCGUUGAAAUACAAACAACAAAGCCUUGUGGUUUAAAGUUAAUUUGUUAGUGUAAAUAAAUUUCUUGCCAAUGAGUAUUAUUGUUGUUAGACAACGAAUGCAAUAAAAAAGAAAUCCUGAAUCUUUA